CCAAGCACUAAACUUUGUGCUGCCUCUGGUCUAAAGCUUCACACAGGCUGCGUGGAAUCCGCGCACGCGGGUCAUGCUGCGUUUGUUCGAUCUUCCAGGUCGACCAGGUUUAUUCAAAGUUGUUUUGAGGCAGAGGGUCAGUAAGGAGCCGUAAAGAUGUCCGCCUGCCGCGCUCUUCCCUGGACGGAGGCUGCGAUCCUUCUCCUCCUGAGCGGCUCGCUCUGCGCAGCUCAGCCUUCUCUGACCCGGCAAGGCAGGACUUCCGAGCCUUUAGUGAUACCUCGCCAUGCGUCCACAGUUGACCUCAGUAAAGAGGAAUUUGAACAGCUGCACUUCAAGCACGACACCCGCUUCAUCAAGCUCUCCGAGGGUAAUGAAGCUAAGUUUAACUGCUCCAUCGACAUUCCCAGCACUAUGUUCGAACUGAACAUAAUGUGGAGCAAGAACGGCGAGGAGCUGCCCGAGAACAUCCACAAAGUCAGUGAGCUGCGGACCGUCGCAGAUGGCGUCUCAACUAUUUUCUCCUUGGUUUCCACCAAUUCAGUGCACAGAGCUGAUGCUGGAGAGUACCGCUGCAGUCUGAGUAUCAACAAUAAAACAAUAGAGUCGCAGCCCAUUUUUCUCCAAGUGGAAGGCCUGCCAAUGUUCACAAAACACCCAGAGGACGUGAACGUCACGAGAAACACGCCUUUCAAUCUGUCAUGUGUAGCAGAAGGACCUCCAGAGCCCGUUCAGAUCCGUUGGCUUCGUGAUGGAAUGUCAUAUAGUGACUUUCAGGACUCUCCCAGCAACCUCUAUGUUCCAGGUGUUGACAAGUAUACCCAGUUCAGCUGCGAAGCUCACAACGCCAGAGGCCUCACCACGUCAAGUGAAGGGAAAGUUAACAUCAAAGUUCUGCCGAGUCCUGUGUUGGAUGUUAACGUGAUAGAGAGGCAGUCCAAUAAGCUGAAUCUGACGUGGUCGCCUGGGCACGACGGUUUCUCCCCGAUCACCCAAUGCCAGAUCAGAGUGAAGGAGGUGAGUCUGAGGAAAGGGGAGGUGAUGAUCACCAGAUCAAUCACUGAAAAGGUGCCGCCUUUUCACUGUGAAGUCACGGGCCUGAAGGCCAUGACGUGGUACAACAUGAGUGUUUCCUGUAGCAACGAGGUGGGGGCCUCUCCUGUCACAGCGUGGAUCCUGAGCAACACCACAGAAGGAGUGCCAUCGGUUUAUCCCCGAAAUGUCACCGUGCACCUGAACGAGUCCUGGCUGAUGAUCAAGUGGAAGCCUCCUCCUGAGGAGAACAUGAACGGCGUCCUCCGUGGUUACGAUGUUAUUGUGAAAUACAGCACAGGAUCCAGUAAGGUUCACACUGCCAACACCGAGGUCUUCAUCCCUGUGAAGGAACUAAACACAACCUACAGUGUGGUGGUGGCAGCGUGCACCCAGGCUGGGGCCGGCAUGUCCAGCCCCCCCGAGAGCCUCUUUGUGCCUGCAGACACCGUGGUGAUCCCCCCCCCUGAUCCUGACACAGGGGUCCCCUACACCGUUUUGGCUGUGCUGGCCGUGCUGUUUGGCAUCUUCCUUCUGGUGAUUAUCCUCUGGGUGACUCCCUGUUUUCACCACAUAAAAUCCAGCUUCUGUUUCUGGCUAGAGUGUGGAGACGGUGAAAAGCAGGAGGUGAUCAUCCAGUUCACCAACCAGAGAACCUACAACCGAUCAGCAGUGGCCGUCACAUUGAGAAACCUCGGCGUUAGUGAUGAACUUCAGGAGAAACUGCAGGAUGUGAUGAUCCAGAGGAACGUUCUGUCAAUAGGAAAGAUUCUCGGAGAGGGUGAAUUUGGCUCCGUGGUUGAGGGACAUCUAAAGAAAGAAGAUGACACAUUUGAAAAAGUUGCUGUGAAGACAAUGAAAUUGGACAGCUUCUCUCAGAGGGAGAUUGAGGAGUUUCUGAACGAGGCAGCCUGCAUGAAGGACUUCGACCAUCCCAACGUCAUCAAACUGAUCGGUGUGUGCUUGGAAACAGGCUCAGGACACUCCCCCAAACCCAUGGUCAUUUUACCUUUCAUGAAGUACGGAGACCUACACAGCUACCUGCUGCGCUCGCGCCUGGGAGAGAGUCCGCUGCAGUUUUUACCCGUUCGGACACUCCUGAAGUUUAUGGUGGACAUUGCUGCGGGGAUGGAGUAUCUUAGCGGGCGAAACUUUCUACAUCGUGACCUGGCAGCAAGAAAUUGCAUGCUGCGUGAUGACAACACCGUUUGCGUGGCCGACUUUGGCUUAUCGAAGAAGAUCUACAGCGGGGAUUAUUACCGGCAGGGCAGAAUUGCCAAAAUGCCCGUAAAGUGGAUUGCAGUGGAGAGUCUGGCUGACAGAGUUUUUACUGUAAAGAGCGAUGUGUGGGCGUUUGGAGUGACCAUGUGGGAAAUUGCCACACGCGGCAUGACGCCAUACCCCGGAGUGCAGAACCACGAGAUUUAUGACCAUCUCAUUGAAGGGCACAGACUCAAGCAGCCACCAGACUGUUUGGAUGAACUGUAUGAGAUCAUGUAUAGCUGCUGGAGAACGGACCCGAUGGACCGCCCCUUGUUUACCCAACUGCGGGAAAUGUUGGAGAAGUUGGUGGAGAAGCUUCCGGAGACAACCAGCAGAGAAGAAACCAUUUAUAUCAACACCAGCUUUCCUGAGGAGGACCCCGACGGGGACGCGCUGUUUGCUGAGCAGCCAGUCUUAAGCUCCUCCCCUUCCUGCAGCCAUAAGGCAGCAAAAAACACUGUAGUCACAGCGGACGUUCACGGACACCUGGAGGACGAGGAUGAUGAGGGAAGCGACCGCUACGUGGUGGUGAUCUCCUCCAACCCCUCCCUAAGAUCCACAGUGGACACUCCUCUUUUGUCGAGUGAUUCGCUAAGUCACGAGGACACGGUGACUGAUGGGACGGCGGCGGAUCAAGGCUCAAAUGACACUUCGCGUCUGUUGUGACAGUCGGUACAAAAACUGCUGCAAGAACUCAUGAAGGUUAUUAAGUACUAACCUGGAACGCCUUCUGGUUUCCCUCCUGUUCCACUGGUUUUAAUGGCCAGCUUAUUGUUCUGUCUAUGUGUGUACAUGUGUGUACAUGUGUGUACAUGUGUUUCAUAAGCUUACUCUCAACUGUGAAAACCUUUAGAGUCCAUGUUUCAGCACGAACAAACCAGAACAUAUGGACCAUGAUCUGCUAAGAGAAAAGGAAAAACUCAUUCAUCGAUGGGCAUUGUGGAAAAAAAAUAAAGCCAGUAAUACUAAUAAUAUUUUGAAAUACUAUGCAACAAAGGUGUACAAGUAAAAACUUUUCUAAGUAGUACUACAAACAAAAACGUUCUGCUAAAAAAUGCUGUUUUGAAAAAAAAAGCUGUUGAGACGGAAGGUAGCUGUGCAACUUUGACCAAACACAUUAUAUUUUGGUAUGUUUUAUAGUCCUUUAAAUACUAACUUUUCUUUUCUUUUUCUUCAUUUUGCUCUUAGAAGUUGGGUGAAUGAACAAAUAUUAUGUUUGAUGUCUCCGCUUUAAUUACGUUUUUUUAUUUUGCAGAUGUGUCAUCCAAAAAAGUAAUUAUUAAUAUAUAUAUAUAUAUAUGCUCCUUUUUGUUUUCCAAAGUUGUGACAAUCUAUUAAAAAUUAUUGUUUCUA